AUGGCGAAUCUCGACACGAAUGCUGCCAGUGUGGCCAUUCUUACACAAGUAAUUUCUACACUUUUAUUCAACGAAUGCUGCCACACAGGACUGCAUCUCAGAGUUAUACUGAAAGAGCUUACAUUGCAGAGCUUCCUGCCUCUAAUGCGUAAAUCAGCCGCUCAGGUGAAAGGAGAUUUCUCACCGGAUCGUGCUGCCAUUUUGAACAUAUCAGCUAGUUACGGCUCAAUAAGCAAAAACACUACUGGAUCAGGACCACUCAAGGGCCUGUCCUACAUGACGAGUAAGUCAGCGCUCAAUUCCUUGAUGAAGACAAUGUCCAUUGAUUUGAAGUCCGACGGCAUUCUUGUCGCCAAUUUCUGUCCGGGCUGGGUACAGACCGACAUGGGUGGAGCGAAGGCCCCCCUAACGGUUGACCAGUCAGCUGCUGCAUUAGUGUCGUCGUUUGCCAAGUUGGACAAGAAGCACCACGGCGGUUUCUUCAGCAGAACUCUUGAAGCCAAUUCCAUACUGAAUUCAAGAUUAAUGCUAGAUGAACGAUAA